AAUACCGCACCUCCGCCUUCGUCAUUCGAUGAGAACAAGGACUUCUAUGAAGAGUCAAGAUGGGCGAAGAUGAAGAGAAGGUUGGUGGAGGAGCCUUUGAUUCCACUUGGUUGCGCCUUGACUUGCUGGGCACUAUAUGAAGCGACACGAUCGAUAAGAGCUGGCGACAAACACAAGACGAAUAGAAUGUUCCGUCGACGUAUUUACGCUCAGGGGUUCACAAUCGUAGCCAUGCUUGCUGGAUCAGCAUACUGGAAAGGCGACCGUGAGAAGCGGAAGCAGUAUGAUGGACUCGUGGAGGAGAAACAAAAGAAGGAGCGCCAUGCAGCGUGGCUGAGAGAAUUGGAGAUUCGUGAUGAGGAAGAGCAG